CGUGUUUCACAAUGAAUAGCCGUUGCAUUCCUUGACCAUUUCGUUUCGUCAUCCUCUCUAUACACACGAAGGACGAUUCGCGAUUACGCCGCUGCAGCGUGUGACUCUGUCUUCCUUAGCGACUACGGACUUCAGGGAAAUAUCGCAAGACCGAUCAAAUCGCCAGAAGUCCCCUCCACAGGCCGCAUACAAUCAUGUCGAGACCCGCCGCGAACGAAGACGACGGCGCCAGUCCACGGGAACAACUGGUAGAAGCAUGCCGAAGGAACAACACAACACUCUUGAAUGAACUUCUCGCCGCACCGCCGUUAUCCUCUCAAACUGACGCCAUUGCUCAUUUCCUCAACACCACCACCGACCCCCUAGGCAGCAGUGCACUACACAUUGCCGCACAGUACGGCGCAUACGAUGUCCUCGAUACCAUCCUUGAUCAAGAAGGCGUGGAGAUCGACGGACAGGAGCGGAGAGAGGGCGAUACGUGUUUACAUAAGGCGGUGCGGUUUGCGAACGGGUUGGACAAGGCCGAGUGGCCCUUUGGGAGGGAAGUGGUGGACAUUCUGGUAGACGCAGGAUGUGAUCCGAGGAUACGCAACAAAGCCAAACUAAAGCCCAUCGAUCUGGUCGAUCCACGUCAUGCUGAGCUUCGCGAUGCGCUUAAGAAGGCGGAAUUGACUCUCAUCGCCGGCGCCGAUGCUAUCGUGGACGACGACGACGACCGGCCAGACGGACCAGGAAGCGAGAGUGAUUGAAGUAAGCAAUGUCAUUGCUGCGGAGUAGGCACGGGAAGCGGAGAGAAUGCGCCUCAUGGGCUUCUCGUUUGAUUUCAAUAGAUGGCAUCGGCAGAGGCGUUCUUACUGUUGGGCUUGAAAGCAUUUAGCGAUGGUCAAGCAAUAGAGUACUGCACAUUAGCAUCACAUUCUUGAGAUCGAUUUUCGAUGGUUAUCGUAUUGGCUUUGUACUGAAGUCAACCUGUAUACCUCACGAGCUUCUCUCAUGAAUACGAAAUGCUCACAAUCCGUGUAAAGAGGACGUUUGUGCACGGCGGUUUAUCAAUUCGCCAGGGGUUUCAGCGACCACAGGGCGUUGGGCACUUCAAAAGCUCGUUCAUUGCCGGAGGCUGGCACAUCAACAGCCUUUCCUCGUACCUUUGCACGGCAUAAAUUCGCAUAGACGAGAAAGAAAUCGUACACCGAAAGGAAGUCACGC